AUGCAGACCCUAGGGAUCAAAGCUUUUUGUGUUUUCAUACUGAUACACAUAUCUAGCGGAGUGAUUGUGAAGGAUGGAGAUUUCACCUUCUCAUUGGAUUCAGUGAAGGCGCUACAGAAAGUUUUGGACCAGCAGGUGACCAAACUCGAGAAGGUAUUGCCUAAGCAUGAACACUGGUCAGCUGAGAAACUGUGUGCAUUGAACUUGCUACCCAAAGAAUUUGCCCCUGUGUGCGACAGUGCCAAUGCUCAGGAUGUGUUUGACAGAUUAGAAAAAAUUGCCAUGGAACCGGACAUUUGUGAAGUCUGUGCUAUGGCUGCGUGUUCUGGGUGUUGAUGGGGUUCAGGGCGAUUAUUUUCAAACAUCUCCUGUCUCAUGUCAAAUAAAGUCAGCAAAACUCAGUGUGUUAAUUAUAUUUGUAAAACUGGACAAUGCAAUCAGAUCUUCUAUUAAUAUGAAAAUAAUUGAGCAAACCUAAUCAGUACAAACACAAUAUGUCAGGAUAAAAUGUAAAAUAAAAAUAUAUGUUUGAAAACAAAUAAGUUCAAUUUGCCUUUCAUUUACAGAUUUCCAAGUGUGGUAAUGUUUAGUGCUACUAAUCACAAAAUACUGGACCGUUUUGAUACUCAUAGCAUUCCACAUAGUGCAAGGCAGUGUCAAUGGUGUGUCCUGGCUGGUAUAUGUGCCUGGGUGUUGAUUCCAGGAGUGGAUAUAUACCACAUACCUUCUGCAAUAGACACAAUAAGAUACCUCAUUGGAAAGAGGAGAUUGUUCAUUGACAUCAGCCAUGGUAAAGGGACAGUUUACUCAAAACGUUUCUCUUCUUUAAUUUGUUCCCUAUGAUCCACUUUACCUACGGGAGUGUAUUAAAUUGUUAACAAGUAUUUCCAUUGCCCUUAUAUUGGAAUUUGAAAUAGUUUAUUAAGUGUGUGGUAUCCCCACCCAUCCUGAAAGUUUUUGGCCUUGAGGCCAAGCUGUGUUAACACAGCCAGUAGAAAAAAUUACACUCCCAGUGGGUUAUAGAAGAGAUAAGGAAAUAAAAUGUUAAUUUUCCAUUGUUCUCUCAAAGUAUUGGUGUUUGGUUUAUGCAACAACUGUUGAUAACACCUAGGUGCCCAACACUAGGGGGCGCUAUAAUAUGGCAGAUAAAAUGGGUGAUUUAUUAAUAAAAAGUAUAAGGAUCUAAGCGAUACUGAGCCCUCGCUUUAAUUUUAGUCACACAUGUGGUCAUUAUCUGUUCAUUUUCUGUACACUACUAGUAAUGAUUUUCUUGUACACUUGCUCUGUUUUUGUUUUGUAUUUGUUUUUGAAAAUAAUAAAAAUUAUUUGAUGGAAAAA